AUGAGGCUCUUAAUUGCAAGCAUUGUAACUCUGGCUGUUACCUCGCAGGUAACAGCAUUGUACGUGACAUUCUACGAUAACACAGAGCGAUGCGAAGUCGACGGCGAAACAGAGUACCAGAUUCUCGAAUAUGACCAAUUCUACUGCAACACAUUCGGCGCCAGCAUGGAUGGUGUCGACUGCGUCCACUUCGUCGAAGGUGGACGUAACAGAAAAGACUGCAAAGGCUUGUUCAAAGCUCAAUCGGCAAAGCCUAAGCUGAACAUAAACUCCUAUUGCAAAUUCUAUCCCUAUGCAGAUUGCAGAGAGUUUGGCAUUGAUAAAGAGUCUAGGCAGUGUGCGACUACAAUGGAAAUGUGUUUGACUAAUGGGGAGAAAUCGGACUAUAUUGCAUCUUUCAGAUGCAGAGGUGGUCGAAACUAG